CAUUCCUUUAACAGCAUACUUAUUUUUAGCCCUAAACUCUUGUCCUUGUCAUUCAAAUUGUGGAAUUGCCUUGUCAGUUUCCAUUUGAUCCAACUUAAAUUCACUUCCCCUUCGGUAAUGUCUGCUGCAUUGUUGAAUUAUGUAUGGAAUCAAGAGUUUUAUUAUGCUCGAGGUAGCCGGUAGUGUCUCUAUCUAGAUUAGGGUAGAAGUUGAACUCCUUCUUCUUCUGACCCCCCUUUAUUUAGUGUCUAUGUUAUUGUCAUGGUGUUGAUCGUGCUGUUCUUUCUAGACAAAUUACGUUUCCUAUUUUUUCCCUCGAGUUUGGAAUAGUUGCCUAAUAUGUGCCCAAGAAGCGUUCUUUCUAAAGUUUAUGGUAUAGUAUGUGUCUUUGAUUUGUAUACUUCAGAAAAAAAUUUCAACUCUGAAUUGUGAUAAUGAUGUCUUCUUCACCUGAAGGCCCUUACUUCAAGUGCCCUGCAAAAGGAAAGUCAUUCAAUUGGUGACGUGGCUGCACAAUUCAAAUACAAGAAUGCAGUUCUUGAUGUCAAAGUUGAUACAUAGUCCAGUGUAGGUUCUUCUGCAAAUGCCUUUUUUCAUUUGUGAAUAGGACAAGGUAUAAAGCAAAAAAAUAUAUAUAGGCGCGGUUUCAACUCUUUUCUUAGCAGAUAGCUACAACCCUUACUUUGACUGAUCUUAUGCCAUCUCUUAAGUCAAUUGCUUCAGUUAAGCUGCCUGACUACAACUCAGCAAAGCUUGAGCUUCAGUACUUCCAUGAACAUGCAGCACUCAAUUCAUCUAUUUCCUUCAACAAGUCCCUUAUUUUUUAUGUUUCAGCCACCUGUGGCACUCCAAGCACUGUAAUUGGUGUGGAGGCAGGUUAUGAUACUUCUAUUUCCGAUUUUACAAAGUACAAUGUUGGCAUUAGUAUGACUAAACCCGAUUCCUGUACAUCUGUUAUCUUAGUCCAGAGCUGAAAAGGGUGACCUAGUUAGAGCGUCGUAUGUACAGUACCUUGAUCAAGGGAGAACCACUUCAGUAGUGGAGUUUACAAACAGAUUUUCUGAAGAUGGAAAUACUUAAACUGUUGGAGGAUCAUAUGCUGUUGAUGAUUUAACCUUAAUCAAGCUGAAGCAUAAUAACCAGGGGAAUUUUGGAGCACUUCUGCAAAACGAGUUUAAACCCAAGUCAGUACUGACAGUGGCAGCUGAGUUUGAUUACAAUUCUAUUGACACACAUCCAAAACUCGGCAUAUCACUUGCACUAAAACCAUGAGUAGCAUCUGAUAAUCAGCUGGUCUAUUUGAUGUACAUGUAUGCAUCUUCUGUACUUUGUGAUUUGCAACAUAAUCUUCCUAAAAGAGCACUCAUUUUGUAUUGCUUUGAACAACUUGGUCUCUUGUUUCAAGUCACAUGUUGAAUAUGUGUUA